AUGGAUCGUUCACAACCUUCGCCUAGAAUUCCAUAUCGAGCUACAUCCACACCACCUAGAACACCAUUAAGUCUACCUGCCGUCCCUGCCUAUCGAGUAAAUACCAACCAAACACCUAACAGGGAUUAUCCAGAAUCUCCAACAGGUGGUAUACCCAGAAGACAUGAAGGCUUCUUGAAUUCUGACUCACCCAUAUUCCACUUGGGUCAACAGCAACAGCAAUCACCUCCAUCAAAACGAAGAUAUAUACCGAGAUAUUUCCGUUCACCUAAAAGAACUUUGGUUUAUCUCGUUUUCCUAGCUCUGAUAGGUUUGACCAUAAGGACAAUCGCAAAUGUUGGGCAUAAAGGCUUGGUGGGUGGAUUGAGGAAUAGCAAGUUUUCUUGGAUCGCACUUAGAAAUAGAAAUGGAAUACAAGAUCAAGAUGAAAUUGAAUAUGAUGAUGGUUUAUGUAGAUUCGUCUCACCUGUAGAAGCUUAUCAUCGUGACUUGAAAAGAUUGAGAUCAUUAUAUCCAGAUAAACUUCGUCAACAUCAAAGUCCAGCUCAAGGUCAACAUGAGGGGACAUUGCAUAAUUUAACACAAUCACACAUACAUCCAAAUAAACAUAUACAUCACACAUUCUCACCCACUGGACAUCUGAUAGUCUCGAAUGACAAAGAUGCACCUCACCCCAUACCAUUAUUAUUAAGUUUAGGUGAGAAACGAUGGGAAGAAUUAUUAUCAAGACAAAGUAGAACGUUAGAAGAAGCAGUUAAAGAAUAUACGAGAAGAUACGGUAGGAAACCACCUAUUGGUUUUGAUAAAUGGUGGGAAUUCGCUACUAGACACAAUUUGGUUCUACCAGAUGAAUAUGAUAGAAUCAAUUUGGAUUUAGCUCCUUUUUUCGCUUUACCUAAGAAAGAAAUGAAAAGGAGAAUGCAACUAGUUGAAGAUAUGGAAAAGACUUUUACUUUGAUCAUCGAAGAUGGCGAGAUUGAGAUUGAGAUAAAAGAUCCAGGAGGACUGAAAUGGGGAGGAACACUUCCCCGAGCACAUGAAACGUCCAACCUGCUCAAAGCUUUCUCCAAAUAUCUACCAAAUAUGAAAGCCACUUUUUCAAUAUUCGAUCAACCACAAAUAUACUUGUCAUGGGCUAGAAGAGGUUCAUUGAUAGAUUUAGGAUUAAGAGGGGAACAUACUACUCACCUAAAUGAAACGGAUGAUUCGGAAGUCAAAUUAAGUAGGAGUUGUGCACCAGGAACUAACUUUAGGAAAAAUAAGGAUUUCACGGAAGGGAAGUCAUUCAUUUAUGACAGUCUUGAAGCUGGAGAUCCUUGUCAAAAUCCAUACCUCAUCCCCCUGCAUGGACUGACUCUCGAGCCUCACGGACAUGAUUCCCUUCCUAAGCCUCACACUCAACUUUUGCCGUUAUUCAGUCUAGCCAAAACAUCUAUAAACUCGGAUAUACUGGUAACUCCACUAGAUCAGUUCCAUGAUGGACCAGGCAAAGACCCGAUCUGGGAAGAGAAAGAUAAUUCACAGCUUGUUUGGCGAGGAAGCCCGACAGGUAUAUCGAUGAUGAACCGUACUCUUCCAUGGCGACAAGCACAUCGAAUCCGAUUACACCAUUUCUCAUCCAACACUUCUUCAGACCCAGUGUCUUUCAUGAUUCCCGAUCUCGGUCAAACGCUGUCAGAAUCAGGACCGGAAGAACAGCUGGGCGAUGAGAGACAAUAUCAUGCUUCUGCCCAAUCGCCUAAAAAGGGGUUGAAUGAACCUCUAACAUCGGCAGAAGAUGAAUAUGCCACGGAUGAGAUCAUAAAAUUCUAUUAUGAUAUGAAACUUUCGGGUCAACCUAUACAAUGUUCGGAGAUGGAUGGGACUUGUGAAGAUAUGAAAAACGAAAUUCAAUGGGCAGGUCAUCAAGGAGCCGAGGAACUGAAUAAACAUAAGUUCCUCUUGGACAUAGAUGGAAACGGAUGGAGUGGUCGAUUUAGAAGACUAAUGAGUACCAAUUCAAUGGUGAUCAAGAUGACCAUGUUCACAGAAUGGUUUCAACCUCAUCUUAUACCAUGGUUCAUGUACGUUCCUGCGAAAUUAGACUUUUCAGAUUUGACAGAUAUCAUGGCUUUCUUCCGAGGUACACCUAAGCAUCCUGAGCUUGGAUUUGAUGAGACUGCAGCUGCUCUUGCUAGGAAUGGUCAAUGUUUCGUUCAACGUAUGUUUAGGAUGGAGGAUCUUCAAGCUUAUAUGAUGAGGCUCUUCCUAGAAUAUGCCAGAAUCGCUGCGGACGAAGACGUAGAUAUGGAUUUCUAUUUAUCUGAUUUAGAACACGCACCAUCGGACUGGACUGAACCUGAUCAAGUCGAAUUGGAAGAUGAUGAAAGUUUGGCGGAUUUCCCUCCCAAACCAUCUCAUAGAGCUUUGAUAGGAGAACAGAACGGGAUCAUAAGUGAAUAUCAAGGAAUAGAUGAUGAGAUCGAUGGACCCAAGGGUAAUGUAGAAGAGAUAUUGAACGUUGAGGAGAUUGAAGGUGUGGACGUACAAUGGGAUGAUGGUGCGGAGUAA